AUGUUGUUUUUGUUGAAGUUCCACAAGAACAAUUAUUUUAAUUUGCUGUGGAACAAUUUGGUAGUGAAACACAUGAGUCGCUUUAACAUUGUUUGGUUGAAUCACAAUAGGCCUUACUUGAUGUACCACAAAUACAAUCUGAUACAGUUCCACCAGAACAGGCUUACUUGCAAACUCCAGAAGAUGCACUUGGAUCUACACAAUAAGUUGUUGAAGUGCAGGUUGAUUUUGUUGAACUACCACAGGAACAGUUUGAUUAAAACGUUGAACUGCAAUUUUGAGUUGAAGUAACACAUGAGUUGCUUUAGCAUUGUUUGGUUGAAUCACAAUAAGCUUUACUUGAAGAACCACAAAUACAAUCAGACAAUGUUCCACCAGAGCAGGCUUACUUACAAACUCCAGAAGAUGCAUUUGGAUCAACACAAUAUGUUGUUGAAGUGCAGGUUGAUUUUGUAGAACUACCACAGGAACAGCUAGCUUGGAAUGCAGAUGAGCAAUUUGAAGGUGCACUACCACCACAUGUAUUGCUAGAGCAUUGAUUUGGAGAUGCACAAUAAGUUGGACUUGAAGUUCCGCAGAAGCAGUUAGUAGAUUAGUAUUGACUACAAUUACCUGCGCAUACUCCAGUCGAUGCAGUUGGAUCUAAACAUUUAUUACCUCCACUACAUGACUUCAGGGUUGUAGUUCCACAGACGCAAUUGGUUUAAUUUACUGAGGUGCAAUCAACUGCAGCAAAACUACAUGUAGGAGGAGAGUUAUAAGGAUCGCAAUAUUCAGCACAAUAUGUAGAUGUUCCACAAAGACAAACUGUAGAGCUUGAAUUCGCACAUGAAGAUAAACAUACUCCAAUAGAUGCACUAGGAUCUUUACAAUAUGUAUUUGCAGCGCAAGUUGUUGGAGUUGAAGUUCCACAACUACAAUUUGCUUGAAAUGCUGUAGUGCAGCUGCUUACACAUGCAUUACUCUGACAUUUUUAAGUUGAACUACAAUAUGUUUUUGUUGUUGUUCCACAAUAACAAUCAGAUAACUUUGAUAAAGAGCAAGCUUCUUUACAAAUUCCAGAAAAUGCACUUGGAUUUUCACAAUAUGUGGAUGAACAAAGUUGUUAGUCAACUCCACAAAUACAAUUUGAUUAUCCUGCUGUUGAACAAGUCGGAGAGCACACACCGGAAGAACAUAUUGAACUUGAAUCACAAUACGUUUAGGUUGAUGAUCCACAAAUGCAGUUGCUUACAACUACACCACUACAUGCAGCAACACAAUUUCCAGAGGAAGCUGAGAUAUCUGCACAGUAGUCGAUGCUUGAACAUUCAGCCGUUGUAGAAGUUCCACAUAUACAUUAAUUUUAAAAAUUUGAGCUGCAUGGAUCCACACCGUUUACUUAAAGCAAUGUCAUUUAGAUUAGAACUAUCGAGAUACUUAGUUUCUGUUUGAAAUUCAUUUUUUUUUUUUGAAUUUUUUGGAU